UCUCCGGGCAGAGAGGCGAGUGAGCCGAGGCCGCGCUUCACCCUCUGGUCUUCCAGUCUCCCGGCAGCCAGGUGGCGAGGAGAGGGUUGGACCGGACUGACCAGGCAUGGAGUACAUGCAGCUGCCCGCCGCCGCCGCCGACACCCAGAGCCACAUCCUAUGUUGCCAGUGCGGUAUUCCCAUAUCUCCAAAUCCUGCAAAUAUGUGUGUUGCCUGCUUGCGGAUCCAAGUUGAUAUCACAGAAGGAAUCCCUAAACAAGUUAAUGUACAUUUUUGCAAGCAAUGUGAAAGAUAUCUUCAACCCCCUAGUACCUGGAUGCAAUGUGCAUUGGAAUCAAGAGAACUUUUAACAUUGUGUCUUAAAAAAUUGAAGUCUCCAUUAAGCAAAGUGCGACUGAUAGAUGCAGGCUUUAUUUGGACAGAGCCUCAUUCCAAGAGGUUAAAGGUCAAGCUUACCAUUCAAAAGGAGGUAAUAAGCAGAACAAUAUUGCAGCAGGUGUUUGUGGUAGAUUUUAUCAUCUUGUCACAGAUGUGUGAUGAUUGCCACCGCGUUGAAGCUAAAGACUAUUGGAAAGCAGUGGUGCAGGUCCGACAGAAGACCUCACACAAGAAAACUUUUUAUUACUUGGAACAAUUAAUCCUGAAACAUAAGCUACAUCAAAACACACUUCGUGUUAAGGAAAUCCAUGAUGGUCUUGAUUUCUAUUAUGGUACCAAACAACAUGCCCAGAAGAUGGUGGACUUUCUACAGUGUACAGUUCCUUGCAAGUAUAAAGCAUCUCAGCGUCUUAUCUCCCACGAUGUCCACAGUAAUAGCUACAAUUAUAAAAGUACCUUCUCUAUGGAAAUUGUCCCAGUUUGCAAGGAUAAUUUGGUAUGCUUGCCACCACGUGUCGCACAGAGCCUUGGAAACAUGAGUCAGAUAUGUGUUUGCAUCCGUGUGACUAGUGCUAUGCACCUCAUUGAUCCUUCUAGUUUACAGAUUGCUGAAAUUGAUGGUUCCACCUAUUGGCGCUACCCUUUUUACAACCUGUUUCAACCUGGGCAGCUGGAGGAAUUUAUUGUGAUAGACAUUGAUGCAAUUAAAAACAACAAGAAUGUUCCUGGUGCAGGCACAAAAUCCACCAAGCAUACAUUGGCUGAAGUCUGGGUACAAAAAACAUCUGAAAUGAACACCAAUCAACAAUACUAUUGUCGUACUCAUUUAGGUCAUUUGCUUAAUCAUGGUGACCUGGUCUUGGGGUUUGAUCUGGUUAAUUCAAAUCUCAAUGAUGAAAACGUAAAUAAAAUGAAUCCUCAACGAGUUCCUGAUGUGGUAUUAAUUAAAAAGAGCUACGAUCGAGCAAGACGGCAGCAUCGUAGGAACUGGAAGCUUAAAGAACUGGAUAAAGACCUCAAUGACGCGGGAGCAGAAGAUGAAAAGCAAUACUUAGAAUUCCUUGAAGACCUUGAAGAUGAUGAUAUCAUUAGAAAAAAUGUCAACAUUUAUCGGGAUUCUUCAAAAGUUCCAGUUGAAAGUGACACUGAUGAUGAUGGUGCUCCCCGGAUCAGUCUAGCGGAGAUGUUGGAGGACCUUCAUAUUUCUGUUGAUGCUACGGGCGGUGAAGGCGCAGAAAUGAUUGACUGAAGAAAACCUUGAAUUAAACUGUUUAAUGAUGAUAGAAACCCAAACUGUUGUCUAAUCUUGCAUGCUGUGAUACUGGAAAUGGCUGUGUAAAUAUUUUGCAUUUACACUAGUCUCGCCAGCACAUUUAGGAAAUUCCUAUUUUCAUAUUAACAUACAAGCCUUGAAUUUGUAGCAUUUGAGGAAAUUACCUUAUUUUUAGUUAAUCUGCCCUUCUACAAAUUAGGGAGCAUGAUAACUGAUGUGAGGUAUGAUGUUUUUCUAUGUAUGCAGAGAUUUAUUUCUGCUGACUUAAAGAUAAAAAUUCUUGAACUCUCAAUUAAGGUUAAACUGAAGCUUUAAUUUCCUUGCAAAUAUUUUGUUGAAUUUGACAUUCUAGUAUAUGAUAGCUGAAAAAUAAAUUAUUGAUAACUGUACAAUAUUACUUAAUAUACAGUAAAGUAAUACAGAUAGAGAAGUUGAAUAUGUCUAAUCCAUUAAAUCCUUAAAUAAAAUUAUCUUAAGGAAUGAGAUUUUUUCAUUUCCUGUGCUUGCUUUCCAAAUAAGUAUUCUCAUUUUGCCCUUUAUAAUCUGAGGACAUUGCAAAGCAAAUCUGAUAUAGGUUUUAUAUUUUUCAAGUGGGGUCUUUGUAAUUCAAGAAAUGCAAAAAUCAAUAUCUGCCAAAGUUGUAAACAACGAGUGAGACUAUAUUCUGUUUUAUCAGUUAUUUUAAUUUGAAAACAAAAUGUUGGUCAUGACAUUAUUGACAAUAAAUAGACUUGCUUACACAA